AUGGGGGUCGGAGUGUUCGUAAACUUUUGGGUAGCGAUACGGGUAAGCGAUCGGCAGCCUUCAGUGAGCACAAGGGCAGAGUCUACGCAAUCGGUAAUGUCCAUGACUUUCGCCGUGUCGGGAUAUGACGAAUCUAGCUUGAUACGUGAUAGAUCGUUCGGCGUUUCCGUAUGGAACGACUCCACCACGCUACCAACUUGGAUGAAGGAGUACUUUGAUUGGCAUCGAACUCAACGGCAGCUCCUCUUGAACGAAACCAACUACGGGCAGUUUACCUUUUUAGUCGUCCGAUGCUUGAAACACGACUUGAAAUGCGGAGGGACGGCAGAUCGGCUCAAGCCUCUACCAUUCUAUGUGUUGCUCGCUUCCCGUAUGCACCGCAUUUUACUGUUCCAUUGGGAACGACCCUUUUUGUUGCAAGAGUUUCUGGUACCACCUGUCGGUGGCGUAGAUUGGCGGUUGCCAACCUCUUGGCGUCGUGACCAAUUCUCCGAUACCAUCGAGAUAAAGAACCUUAAGGACAUAACCCCGUAUCUUGCAAAGCCUCACUCGGGUCGAUAUCGUAAGCCGUUGCCCGCUAUCGCAUGCAUUUUGUAUCAGUCGCACGAUCACGGUGCUUUACAAUACAACCAACUCGCCGUACAGCAAACGAAGGAAGCAACCUACGAGGAAGUUUUCCGGGAUUGCUGGAAUUCCUUUUUUGUCCCUUCUCCACCAGUACAAAGUCGAAUCGACCAAUUGCGCCAAUCCCUCGGAUUGGUCCCCAACGAGUACGUGGGAGCCCACGUGCGGUCACAGUAUCAUUCUUACAACGGCAACAAGAAGUUAAAAGUUUUGGUACAAAACGCCGUUGCGUGUGCCUCUCGCCUUCGUACGGAGGUCCGGCAGAGCAUUUACGUUACCGCCGAUUCCGAGCGCGCACUCCAGGUGGUCGGAGAAUCCUCUGUGGGAAUGCGCAAUCUACCGGUAGUCCGUCGGAAGGGCGAUCGGCCGCCACUCCAUUUGGAUCGUGGUGUUGCGUACUUGGCCAAGAGUGCCACCAAUUGGACACACCACGACGAUCCACGAGCCUACUACGAUAUCUUUGUCGACUUAUACCUGUUGGCAGGGAGUCGUUGUAUUGCGUACAACGUUGGCAACUACGGCAAGUGGGCCAUCCUCCUUUCGUCGAAUCGGUCCUGCACGAUAAAUCACGGCAAGACAACGUGUCGUUGGAAAAUAUUAUCGUAG